AUGGGGAAAAACGUAAAACGUCUAGCGGUAAUCUACGCCGAACUGUACAAUAGUCUUAUGACACUUUUAGAACAGACAUCAAAGCGGCAAAAACUAUUAAGUGAUGUUAAACAAACAGCUACAGAAACCGAACUUGUAAAUAGUUAUGCUGACAUGCAUAAAAGUGUGAAAAAUAAAUCUUCAUUAGCAGAUACAGAUAUUGUGAAUUUUUUGCGUAAAAAAGAUAAAUAUUUAAAUGAAACAGCGGUACAACCUCAGAAUCCACAACCCGCAAACAACAACAAUGCCGAUGGGUCUGCUGCAAAAGCUUUGGUUGCGGGUACAAUAGCAUAUCAUGAAAAAUUAAUAACAAAUCAUAUGAAAGCCAAGGGUAUUACGGAUACGGGUAAAGGUGUAAAAUAUCAGGGUAAAACGAUGAAUUUCUCGUAUGAGGAUAUGAUAGAAGACUUGACAAAGAAUUCUAAAAAUACAAAUUUAACCAACGCACAACAUGAUAAAAUGCUACGUACUUUAAAAAAAUCCAAUAUGCCCACUAAAUACAUACGAAAUAAACUUUUACGUGAAAAGUAUAAAAAUCUCGAUAUUGAACAAGCAACACAAGAACAAGCUGGACCCGCCUUUCAAAAGGGACCCACCUUUGAAACACCCAAGGGCCGACCUAAAACAACCCGACAACUUGGACAAAAACGCAAUUAUAUGUUAGAAGGAUACUUUCAUUCUUUGGGCAACACCCAGUAA